GCAGGCGCAGGCGGCGGAGGAUUCCCGUGGUCGUCGGACGCGGAGGGCCGCGACGGAGGCGUGUGCCACCGGCAAAGAGUUCGGGCCGACCAUGUGCGGGAUGCUGGCCGCACUAGAAGAGCAGGUCCAGCGGCGGCCGCAGCAGGCUGCCACCCUGUACCGAAGCCGACGACGAACGUUCGCCGAGAUGGACCGGUGCUCGGCGCGGUUGGCCGAGGCCCUGCGCGUGCCGCCGAACUUCGCCGAGCCCGCGGACGUGGCGGCGUGCACGGCAGCGCCCGACGACACGUUGAUCGCGUUUCUCGCCUGCCUGCGGUUGUCGGCCUGCUGCACGCCCAUCCGGCCGUCCGCCUCCAGCGCCCUGCUCGCGUCCAUCAUGGAAGAGCUGCCGCCCGCCUGCACCGUGGUGGACAAUGACACGGCCGGCCGCUUUGCGCAGGCGCGCGACGACAGGACGCUCAACAUCAGCGACGCUCUGCAGCAUCGGGACGACGGUUCCAGCAGCUGGGAUCGGCCAUGGCUGAAGCGGCCCCCGUCGCCCUCGAGCAGGCACGUGUCCCGACGGCCUCUGCUGCAGAUCCUGGGUGAAGACGCGGAUGGCCGCUGCGCUCUGGGCGCCGAGCGCUGCUUGGGCCGCAACCAGUGGGAAUGGAACGAUUAUCCGGCCGACUGCGAGACCGUAGCCGUGCUGGACUGCGUGGACACGGCACGGUUCUGGGAGGACGCGCUAAGCGCACUUUGUGCGGGCGCCACAGUGGCGUUGCCUACAGAAGAGGACAAGCGCUCCCCGAGCGCGAUGCUCUGGUUCCUGCGCAAUACGUCGGCGACGCGCGUCGAGAUGACGCCGGACAUGCUGUGGGCACUGCUGAGGCGGGCCGCGCUGGACCCCGGGCCGGUGCUGCUGCCCGAACUGCGUCUGGUCAAGUGUUCGCGGGGCCUGGUGACCACGCAACUGGUGCACCUCUUCCAGCGGCUCCUGCCCGGCGCCACGCUCGUGCGCGUCCACGAAACGGCGGGUCACUGCUGUUCCUACGUGUGCCCCCAGUCGGCGGCGGGGGGCGAGCUGCGCCACCACGCCACCGACCACGGAGACUUCGUGUCCAUCGGCAGGCCCGUUGGCGACUGUCGCGCGACCGUGUGCGAGCCCGACCUCCUGACUGAGUGCCCGCAGGGCAAGGUUGGCACCAUCUGUAUCGGUGGUGCCAAAGACACUCAGCUGCUACCAACAGGAGACAAAGGCUUCGUGGAUUCCGAUGGCUACAUUUAUCUUACCGAGCGGUCUGCGCCCAGGAUCGAAGGUCGCAAGGCCGACAUUGCCCUGAUCACCAAGUGCCUUACCAACAUACCGGUGGUGAGCGACGGCGAGGUGUGCUGGGAGCGGCUCAGCUCGCCCAAGGUCUCGCUGGUCGCCUUCUACUGGAGCAACACGCCGGGCGACACGUCGGGCGAGCUCUUCCGGCCGCUCAGCUCUAAGCUACCGAGCUGGCAGUGGAUGCCGCUGCUCUGCCCGCUCGGUCCGCUGCCCCACAAGCGGCCGGACAAGCGGCAGCUGCUCAGGGACUACGCCGACGCCAUCGUCAAGCUGCAGCGCUGCAGCGAGGUGAACGUGACGCGCGCCGCUCCCGUCCUCGUGGCUCUGGCGCGAUCGCUCGACGUGCCCGUUGGCCAGCUGAAGCUGGACGCGAGCUACGUCAGUCACAAGGCCGGACGGGACGCCAGCUCCGCCUCUGAAGCUGCCGCCCUCCUGGAACACAUUGGAUACGAGGUGAGCGCGGCCGAGCUGGGCGAAGAGGUGCCCCUGCGCCUUCUGGUGGAGCGCGCCGCUUGCACGAUGGUGCUGCCCGGAACGCGCCGGCUGCGAGUCUCGCUCCUGGACGCGAACACGGCGUUCGACGAGGUGACCGACCUGCUGGCGCGCAGCUUCACGUCCAAGAACCGGCUCGACCUGACGGUGCACAACACCGAGGAGCAGCACCGGCGAAGCCUGAGACACCUGUGGCCGCAGCUGAUCGCCGACGCCGCCACGAGGCUCGUGCGCGACGCGCAGACGGGAAAGCUGCUCGCCGUGGCCGUUUGCUGUGAUUUCGGCACGCCACAAACGGCGCCUGCCAAUAUGGCGGAGUCGUUCCUGGCCAUCGCCGAGAUCAACGAGUCGAUGGAGCGACCCCUGCGCGCAGCUGUCAACGCGCUGGGCCGACGCUUGCUACUGUGGUUCAUGGUGGGCAGCGGCACCGACCACCACGCAGACAACAUCGCACUCGUCCUGCUGCUAAUGGCGAACACUCUUCGCGACGCUAAAGCGCUGCGCUACCACGGCGUCUGCAGCAUCAACUCCCACCUGGUCACUAAUGUGAUCACGCAGCGCUGGUUCCAGUUCGACGUGUUCGACGAAGCCCCGGUCGCUGGCUUCGAGUACUGCGGCCGCCAGCCGUUCGCCAAUAUCCGCGCGGGCACGGUGAUUACAUCGGUGUGCAGGUUCCUGGAUCCUAGCUAGCCCCAUCGUGCACACUUCCUUUUUAACAGAGCAACUCGAGAAUAGCGCGACAGCCCGGUGCAGCAGUGUGGGCAGAUUGCUGGCCAAUGUGGGACACACUGGUGCGCCUGUUAAAGAGGUUAACCUAGUCAACCUAUAUUGCCUAAUUGGUGCCCUGAAAAUCGGAACUUCCGGCUGAACUGCCACAGCCUUGCGCAAUAAAAGCACCGAGAUCACUUAUUGUUUUA